AUGGCUGUUAAUGGACUAAAUCAAACGAUUAUUAGUAACCAAACCAGUGAAAACGUCUUUGGUCGUGAUUGGUAUGUCAAACGUUUUAUGCAUAUCUUAUAUUGCGUGCUGGCUACAACGGCUAUAAUCGGAAAUGCAUUAGUAUGCAUAGUCAUUUUAACUAUAAAGAAUGGCAAAAUGUUAAAGUCUGGUUUGAAUUUACUUAUUUUAAGCAUGGCAAUCAUGGAUACAAUGACAGGUAUAGUUAUGUUUAUUGUGCCAUCAUUUGCUAUACCAGCUUCAGAUUAUAUAUAUCCUACUGGCAAUGUUACUGGGAUGCUAUUUUGUCGCAUAAUUGCUACACAAUACAUCUUUUUCUUCUUUGGAUUUGGUUCAGUUUUUACUAUUACAGCCAUUGCUAUCGAAAGAUGGGUAGCUAUUGCUAGACCUUAUACGUAUCGAAAGAUUAUUACAUUAAAGCGAACUAAAGUAUUUCUGACAGGUUUAUGGACAAUAAAUAUCCUUAUACCGCUUGAUAUAGUAUUCCAGAUGGAUUUUAUAGGCAAUGAACAGCCUCCAUGCAAAUGGAAUAAUUUUGUUCGAGAGCGACCAGGCAUCUAUUUCUUCACAAUAUUAGAAAUGAUACGUAUGUUUAUACCGGUCAUCAUCAUCAUAGGAUGCUAUACUGAUAUUGCAAAAAGAAUCAUUUAUGCUGCACCCAGACCAAAAAUUCAUCAAUCUUUUCCACGACCCUUCGCUUCUCGAAGAUCAACAAACUCAAUUAACACUCGUCGCAAGGUUACUAUUAUGGUUGCAAUAUCAGCUCUAGGGUUUAUUACAUGUUGGCUACCCAACGAACUCUAUUAUACGCUGUACGCCUUCAACGUUGUUAAAUCUAUUAAUGUUGAUAUUACACGAACCACCAAAACAUUGAUUGUAACUAGCUCAUGUUUAAGCCCUUUAAUUUAUACGGCAGCUAAUGACGAUUAUAGGAAAGGUAUUUGGCAAUUUUUUAACUAUUGCAGAGCUACCAAGUUACCUUUACACAGUGUCCAUCAUGUUCGAAAUGUUAUUGCACCAUUAAAUGUCAGUAAGAAUGUAUCAACUCCACCUGCUUAUGAAACGGAGAAGCAAUAA